AUGUAUGACGAGACUAUCAGUGUGAUACUCAAUGAUACAACCACACACAUCCUGGACUUCGUGGAGAAGUCUCCUGAGUUGUCGGUGUAUCCAACAAGAGUCUAUGUCAGUUCUAAUGAGUCAUUGACCCUCGAGUAUCCUGUGUUUGUGACGGCUGCACAGCAGAAAGGUGUAUCUUCGUGGGAGCUCCCUCUCAUAGUGUCCACUAGUCAUGCAACACUUCACUUUGACGAGAUGGCUCGGACUCUGUGCCCGCAUGAUUCAGGACCCAAUAUAACAUCACAAAGCCGUCCUACCGUGACUCUGUCAACGUCUAGUCCUAAGAACUUGUCAGUCAGCAUCGAGUUACGGCGGGUCCACGACUUCUACCUGGAAGUCAACAAGGAGGUCAACUUCAGCGUCACUCCGAGUACACCAAACUACUAUUACUUCUCAUUCGACCGGGAUCCUCUCAACCUGACACAUGGACAGCACUCGAUGCAUUUUCCCAGAUUCAACUAUACGAUACCAAAGAGCGUUUUACUGAUGAUAGAUUCUGAGGAUGAUGUGUGCGCCGUCGUCUCCAUACAGAAUAAUUCAUGUCCGGUGUUCGACAAUGAAGAGGACGUGCAGUAUCAGGGCUACCACUUUACUAUGACUACACGAGGAGGGAUCACAGUUACUCAAUCAAUGUUCCCUCGAGGUUUCUACGUGGUGUUCAUAGUUAAGGAGAGUGACGAGGAGUGUACGGGAGUAGCUGAUAACGUACACGCUGAUAAGAGACUCAAGACCUUCAGGUUGUUAGCGGUGCCUUCCGUGUCAUACUCUGACUAUGUCACGGGGGCUCUGUCUGCGCUGGCGCUGGUCAUCCUGGUAGCUCUGCUGGCGCCUGUCGCGACCGCCCUCUCGUGUCGAAACAAUGAAGUAUUAAUAAUAGAAGACCCGACGCCUUCCGGCUCCAGAACAGACACCAACGUCAGCGAGACCGCGCCGAUAUUUAGUAAAAGUGACGACUCUGACCUAGAGUCUGAGCCCGAGGCGGAGGUCGAGGCUUCUCUGCCGGUCCCUCUCACACUGGCCGGGCUGAGCCGAGCAAAGCCUGUAGCACAUGACAGGCGAUCUAACAGGUAUUUCUGGAGUGCGUUGACAGUAGCUGUUGUGUACGCGCUGCCGGUGGUCCAACUCCUCAUCACAUAUCAGCGGCUCAUCUUCCAGACCGGUGACCAGGACGUGUGUUACUACAACUUCCUCUGCGCCCAUCCUCUCGGUCCCUUCUCUGACUUCAACCACGUGUUCUCCAACCUGGGUUACUUGGUGCUGGGUGUAGUGUUCGCGCUCCAGGUGAGGUGCGGCGCGGGCGGGGCGCGGCGCGGGGGGAGGGAGGCGCUCGGUAUACCUCAACACCGCGGCCUGCUGUACUCAAUGGCGUUGGCGCUGUUCAUGGAGGGACUUCUGUCUGCUUGCUAUCAUUUGUGUCCAAAUAAGAUGAACUUCCAGUUCGACUCGUCCUUCAUGUACGUGAUAGCUGUUCUGUGUAUCGUGAAGCUGUACCAGUCGCGUCACCCGGACGUCAACGCGAGCGCGCACACCACCUUCAUGUUGAUAGCAUGCCUCAUGGCUAUAGGUCUGCUGGGCAUCAUGUACCCGAGCGUGUACUUGUGGUGUCUGUUCACGGUGAUGCACCUCGCCGCCUGCUUCUUCCUCACACUCAAUAUAUACUACGUCGGAAAGUUGAAGAUGGAUCGUUCAUUACCGCUCCAGGCGUGGUCUGGUCUAAGAACUCACGGUUGGUCUUCGUUCAGAGUGAAGUAUCCCGCGCGGGCGACUCUCAUAGCUGUGGCUAAUGUGGCCAACUGGGCGCUGGCGGGAUAUGGCUUGUAUGAGCACAACAAGGACUUCGCGCGUCACCUACUCGCCAUUUUGAUGGGGAACGCGAUCCUGUACACGCUGGGCUACGUGCUCAUGAAGCUGCUGCACCGGGAGAAGGUCCCUGCCGCCGCCUGGCUGUUUCUGGCCGCGGCGCACGUCACAUGGGCAGGCGCCGCUGUGCUAUUCCUAUCAUCGAGGACUAAGUGGUCGCAAACAGCAGCCCAGUCUCGUACCCACAACGCCGUGUGUUCGUCUCUCCAUGUAUUCGAUGAACAUGACCUCUGGCACCUCUCAUCAGCGGCCGCGGUGUUCUUCUCCUUCAACGCGCUCCUCGUGAUGGACACUCCACUCGACAACACUCCAAGACACCUCAUACCAAGCUUCUAG